UUCCGACUGGCGUGGAUGAUCCAGAUCUGCGAAUUGGCAGUACGUUCCGGUUUGCUGAUAGACCUCUUGUUUCAUGAUGAAUGUUCUAUCAGCACAGGACAAGCAGCGCUGGAGGCAAGAUGGCUAUCUCGUUCUACCUGGCUUCUUUGAGCAAGCUGCAACCGAAGAGAUGCUGGGCCGAGCUCGUCAACUGUUGGACGAAUUCGAUGUCGAGGGCCAUCCUCUUACCACCUUCAAAACGGAGGCCGACGGCGAGCAUGUUGGUGAUGACUACUUCAUCGGAUCAAAUGACAAGAUCCGGUAUUUUCUCGAACCAUCGUCCUUAUCCAAGCCCGCCCCUGGAGCUCCUUCAAAGCUUCUCGUACCUCCCGCUCAGUCCAUAAACAAGAUUGGCCAUGCUUUGGCCCAGCUCGACCCGGUCUUCCGAAAAUACACGUUGGAAAACGAAAAGGUCGCAAACGUAGCGAAAGACUUGGGUUACCAUCAGAGUCCAAGAGUCUUGCAGAGCAUGAUCAUUUGCAAGCAGCCUAGAAUAGGUGGUGUAGUUCCAUCACAUAAUGACUCGACUUUCCUGUACACCGAUCCCCCAAGUGCCGUGGGCUGUUGGAUAGCUCUCGAGGAGUGUACACCUCAGAAUGGGUGUUUAUCUUUCCUCCCUGGAUCACACAAGACGGCCCGGGUCUCAUCACGCUUUGUUAAAGACCCCAGCGGUCGAGGGACGACAUUUGAGUCGGUGGCUGGCGUUGAGCCAAAUGAAGAAAAAUGGGAUGAGCUCGACGGCUGGGUUGAGGCAGCUUGUCCAGCGGGCACACUCGUGCUAAUACAUGGAAAUGUGAUGCACCGAUCUCCACCAAAUCCUUCGGACAAAUCUCGCUUGAUCUACACAUUUCAUAUGAUCGAGGGUGCCGAAGGAUAUACAUACGAUGAGAAGAAUUGGCUGCAACCAACCAAAGACAUGCCUUUUCCAGCAUUGUUCUGAUCCCUUGUCGCAGAGCAUUCGGGAUGCAUCUG